GAGCAAAAAAGAAAAUAUAGAAAAGGAAAACCCUAGUCCGAGCAAGAUCUGGCAUGGCCAAGGCAUACUUGCUGGUUUCCCCUCCACACCCAUUGAUUCCCUUCAUCUGUCACCCUUUCCACAGAAAUUAGCCACCAAAAGCCCAUCAAUUCGCCGCAACCUGACUAUCAAUCACCGCCGGAUUCAUAUCGUCACUGCCGGAAAAAUUCCACCCUAAGCGAAGCCGUUCCAGGGCCCUUGUCCCCGUGAUUCCACGUGGAGUGUCGAACCCGUGUUUGGCGUGUCCGUGCUUUGCAGCCUCCAGAUUUUGGAGAAGUGCUUAUUUUUCAUCUGAUUGUUCCAAUUCCAAUGAAUGGCUCACCAUCUGAGAUGGUUAUGACCUGCCAGAGGACUGGGGAUAUCGGUAUUCCUUCACAGCCCUGUGAAGUUGGUGCUACUUCACACGAUGACAAAAGCUGCCCUGCAUAUGCUUUGCCUGCACUGGUUAAUGGAUGGAUGUAUGUUAAUCAAGAAGGUCAGAUGUGCGGACCAUACAUACAGGAACAGUUGUAUGAAGGGCUGUCCACUGGUUUCUUGCCCGACGAGCUUCCUGUAUAUCCCAUCUUUAGCGGGACACUUGCUAAUCCAGUGCCCCUGAAGUACUUCAGUCAGUUCCCAGAUCAUGUUGUCACAGGCUUUGCAUAUUUAAACCCAGUAGCCUCUGGUUUGAGUGGUCAUGGCUUUCAAUCGAAGGCAGAUUAUUCUGAGAUACCCAUUCCAAACCAGCAUCUUCUCACAUCUGAUUCUGUCACGGCUCCACACUUGUAUCUGUCUUUGAAACAGGGAGGUGGAGAAUCUUGUUGGCUCUUUGAUGAUGAUGAGGGGACAAAACAUGGACCACACUCUCUUGUAGAUCUGUACACAUGGUUUCGCUAUGGAUAUAUUAGGGAUUCAAUAAUGGUGUAUCAUUCUGAUAAUAAAUUUAAACCUUCUACAUUGCAAUCUUUAUUAAGUACCUGGGUGGAAGCAGUACCUAGAGAUGCCUCAUUGUCAAGUGUCAUUAUGCAGAAGGAUGACAUGUCUUUUCAAGGUUUUGUGACUGAGGUGUCUGAAGAACUAUGUUUGCAGCUACACUCAGGAAUCAUGAAAGCAGCUCGUAGAACUGUGCUAGAGAAGAUCAUUAGCCAAAUAAUUUCAGUGUGUGUUGCAACAAAUGAAGCUGAUAAGCAUCUUAGGCAAGAAACUCUCAAUAAAAAUGUCAACUCAUCUUCAGAGGAUAACAUAAUGCAUAAGGGUGGUAAGAGUAUUGUCCCUGAGAGCAGACCAGAAGCUGCUGUAACUGAUCGGCCGAGAACUUGUCUGGAUGAGGUCGCUGUAGUGUCUUCACAAUGCACAAAGUCUGUUGGAAGUUAUCAGAAUUUUUGUGCUGCACAUGCAUUGGUCUGCAGAAUACUUUAUGAGUCAUGCAUGCUAGUAAUGUGGAAUGCUGUCUGUUAUGACCUCACAGCAGAUUAUGCAUCUGCAUGGAGAAAGAGAAAGCGCUGGUCUGAUCCCCGGGAUAUGGUGAAAUCAAGUACAUUUUUGGAGUCUUCACUUGUCCGAUACCCAGUUCCACACACUGAAGCUUUACCACGAGUUGAAUCUUCUGGUCAUGACAUUGAUUGCCCUCCAGGUUUUGAACAGCAAGGAAACUCUGGUUGUGAAAUCGAUUACCCCCCUGGUUAUGAACAGGCUAUGGAGAUACGGAAUGUAUGUUCAAUUUCACGACCACAGUAUUUGCCUACAGCUGAUGAAGAAGUAUCAUGUAAAGGCAGCAUCUUAUUAGACAACAAUUUUUUUGAUGAAAUAGGAUCUAUCCAUGAGAGUGUAUUGAAUGAUCUACAUCUCUCUGUCAAAAUCACAUUGGAAAAUCAUUUCAUGGACCUCUUGGAUGAGGAAGUGGGUAAAAUUGCUGAUGACCGCUCAAAGGAUUUCCAGUUGAAUAAGGUCAUGGAGAAUUGUAGAUUCUACAAUGAUGGUGAUCUUGAGAUUUGCAAUCCAUUAACAGGACCAUUGAAUGAUAACACAAUUACUAGAAAUGGGUUUUCCAUCUCAGGUGUAUUGUUGAGUUCAUUUCAGAAGUUGCCUAUCCACUUAGAAGAUGAAGGUGUCGAUGAGCUGCAACCACCCGACUCUAGAAUGUCACUUCCUGUACAAACCUCAACACUUGUGUCCUUUAGGCAUCACGAUUCUGUUCCAAAGGUCAUGUGGCAUAGUGCCCUGGCAAUUUGUCGGCAAAAGAUACACGAGAAUGUGCUGAGAGAAGUGAGGCUAUUUAUUGAUGGUACAAUUAAAAGACUUCUUAAGGCUCUGUUUUCUGGAACGAAAUCUGAAGGCUCUCAGAUCUCAAAGAUUAAGAAAGGCCAAAAGAAACCUGAUAAACUUGCCUCAGUUAGAAAUCAAGUGGAGAUAUCUCCUGACACAUCUUUGACCACCAGUAGAUAUACACAUUGCCACAAGAAAAGGUUUGAUAAGAGAAAAUCAGACACCUUAUCUCAGUGUUUGACCAGCAAGGGUGUUGCGUCUAAAAAACAAUGUGUUGCUAAAUCAAAGAGCCAACAUCCUUCCAGUGAGGCAUUAGAGAUUGCUAAGCUUGGAAAACCAGUUGCGAAGUCGAAAGAAACUCGAUUGGCUAAAUCUGACAGCAAAUCGCUUCAAAACUACUCAUCAUCUCAUGCCAAGACUAACGAGAAUUCAGACGAGGUUAUUACUAUCACCAAAGGGUGUGAAAAUCAUGCAAGCGGCACCAAACAGAAGGCCCCUACACUCUCUGAAAAUGCUUUUAGUGCUGAUAAUACUCAUAAGUUGAACAGGGUUUCCCAAAAACAAGAAGUGCAAAUUAUUUCAAAAGGGACACAGAAAUCAACCAAGUUAGUGAAACUGCAAAGAAAUCAACCAAAAGAUGAUGUGCCCUUGGAAAAAGUUCAGAUUGUUCCUGUUGCUUCUUCCGAUCAAGCAACAAAUGAGGUUAUUGUACAAAAUAAAGGCAGUGGUAAAUCCAGGAAAACAAAACGGUGCCCUCGAUCAGAUGGGUGUGCUCGCAUUUCCAUUAAUGGUUGGGAAUGGCAUAAGUGGUCUCUGACUGCAACUCCCGCCGAAAGGAUUCGUGUUAGAGGGAGUGGCUGUGCCCAUGUUCAUUCUGUCAAUCAUGAUGGAAGUAGUUCUCAAUCCUCAAAUGUUAAAGGAAUUUCUGCCAGAACAAAUCGAGUUAAAAUGCGUAACCUUCUUGCUGCUGCAGAGGGUGCUGAUAUUUUGAAAGCAACUCAAUUGAAGGCAAGGAAAAAACGUCUGCGUUUUCAGCGUAGUAAGAUACACGACUGGGGUCUUGUAGCUUUAGAGCCAAUUGAGGCGGAGGAGUUAGUGAUCGAAUAUGUUGGAGAACUUAUUCGCCCCAGUGUGUCUGAUAUAAGGGAACGCUAUUAUGAAAAGACAGGGAUUGGUAGCAGUUACCUCUUCAGACUGGAUGAUGGUUAUGUUGUGGAUGCAACAAAGCGUGGGGGUGUUGCUAGAUUCAUCAAUCAUUCUUGUGAGCCUAACUGCUACACAAAGGUCAUAAGUGUUGAGGGUCAGAAAAAGAUCUUUAUUUAUGCCAAGCGGCAUAUUGCUGCUGGUGAUGAAAUUACUUACAAUUACAAAUUCCCAUUGGAAGAGAAAAAGAUCCCUUGCAACUGUGGUUCUCAGAGGUGCCGCGGCUCAAUGAACUGAGAAUUUUGGUGGAUGCAUUUUCCGCAUCAUCUUCAUCACCAUCACCUUAAUACCAAACAUGUUGGGGUUACCUGUGAUUCUGUAAUAGUGCCAAUUAAUAUGAUGUGAUCUAACCAUUUCCAAAUGUAAAGGAUGAUGAUGAAUACCUGUUCCUAUUCAAAUGCUUGUAGAUAUCUCAGUGGCAGAUGAGUAGCCCCUCUUAAGAACUGAAACUCGGGUGUCCAUAUUUAUUUUUAUUUUAUGCCUUUUGUUAUUAAACCUCCAUUCUUUUGUUAUUAUAAUUAUAGCAUACAAUUAUCUCAUUGAUCAAAUUCUUAUUUGCAGUACGCAUGCUGUAUAGAUAAUAAUGCGUUCUUAUCUAAUUCAACUCCAGAACCCCAGUGAAUGCUCUCAA